GAAGCAUUUCGCUAUCAGAAAGCAACGUGUGGAGGUCAUGCCUGCGGGUUCAACAUGUCUCUACUCGACCCCACUCUCCUCCUCUGUGUGAGCGGCUUCUUCUCCAACUUGCGGCCGUCGGAGCCUUUCCUCACCGCCUACCUGAUGGGACCGGACAAGAACCUGACGGAGACUCAGGUUGUUAAUGAAAUCUAUCCAGUCUGGACAUAUUCCUAUCUGGCCUUGCUCUUCCCCGUCUUCCUGAUCACUGACUACCUCCGCUAUAAGCCUGUAUUGCUCUUGCAGGCCACCAGUUUAGUAGUGACCUAUGUUAUGUUGCUGAAGGCACAGGGCAUGGUGGCCAUGCAGCUCCUGGAGUUUUUCUUCGGGCUGGCCAGCGCCUCGGAGGUGGCCUACUACUCCUACAUCUACAGCGUGGUGGAGCCAGCACACUACCAGAGAGUGACAGGUUACUGCCGCAGCAUCACUCUGUUUGGAUCAGCUGCUGGAUCUCUGAUGGGACAGCUCCUGCUCUCUUUGGCCAAAGCUCAGCUGGUCCACCUCGUCAUUAUCACGCUGUCGUCAGCCGCUGUGGCCUUUGUUGCACCCUGGUUUCUACCCAUGCCCAAGAGGAGCUUGUUCUUCCAUAAGAGUGCAGAAGCAGUGGAGGAGAGGCCACGCAGCAGCUCAGCACUGUUGGAGAAGGCUGAAGAUUCAACGGCCAGGUUGCCUCCAAACAGCCAGGACGCCCCUACAAUACCCAGCACCUCUGACACAGGAAAGCAUAGCAGUGGUGUUGUGGAGGUGUUAAAGAUACUGCUUGAUGACUUCCUGAAGUGCUACAGAUGUCAGUCCCUCCUGGCCUGGUCGCUGUGGUGGGCUCUGGCCACCUGCGGCUACUUCCAGGUCAUCAACUACGCCCAAGCGCUAUGGGAGAACGUUCGUCCAUCGCAGGACUAUGAAAUCUACAAUGGCUAUGUAGAGACACUGUCCACACUGCUAGGGGCCCUGGCAGCGCUGCUGGUGGGAUACCUGCCUGUGUGCUGGGCAGUGUGGGGGGAGCUGGCUCUGUUUCUCUUCUCCCUACUGAUGGCUGCAUGUGUGUUUGUCAUGGACACAAUGAGGAACAUAUGGGUGUGUUACAGCUCAUACGUUCUCUUCAGAGCCACAUACAUGCUGCUCAUCACCGUGGCUACAUAUCAGAUCGCAGCCAGUCUCAACAUGCAGCGCUACGCCUUGGUAUUUGGAGUGAACACCUUCAUCGCCCUGCUGCUGCAGACCCUCCUCACUGUGGUGGUGGUGGAUUCAGCCGGCCUCUGCCUUGAUGUCUUCGAUCAGUUCCUCAUCUACGGCGGCUACUUUGCUGUCAUUUCUGGCAUCUUCCUCUUUGCUGGAAUUUUCAAAUUGGCCUACAGGAGGCGCUCCAAGCAGCAAGAAGAGGAGGAGGAGGAGGUCAGCGAUAACAGCCCAGCAGAAACAACUCAGACUCUCCUCAGUUCGGGGACUCCAGCUCCGAUAGAGAGGACACAAUAACAGAUAUUGAUUAGACGAUAGGUGAGUGAGCACAGCGACUGUAGCUUUGUCUACACAGACUGAAACACUUGUAGCUGUACGAACGUUUUUGUGUGACCGAAAAACCCCUGAUGAGAGCACUAAGACUGAACCACAGAAAAUUUGAUGUAUAUGCAAAUCAAGGAGCAAAAAGAGCGGCACAGAUGGGAGACAAUUCUUCAAAGGUUCACACGUAUGAACGUCUUGUUUCACUUUAGUCUUUAUAGUGUGAAAAAAAAAGAUGAGUGCACCUUUAAAAAGAACUGAUAUAUACUGUAUGUAUGUACGAUGUUACAAAUGUUGCCUUAGACUUUAUGUACAGAGACAUAAGGAAUGUUGCCUUAAUAGCACUGCUACUACUGUGUUAUAGCUGACACCAGCCAAAAAGAUAUUUUUAUAUUUAUAAUUGCGUAGAUUGUGUAUUGCACUCAGGGCUUUGCUGAAUAGUUCGAAGCUUUAUUCAUAACGUUGACAUUCGAACGCUGCACAGCUGCUGAUACAGAUUAGGCUACAAUAACGUUAUUACAUUAUACUAACAGUAGAAUUAGAUUCUACUGGUGACUGUUUAGGAUUAUUUCAGACUCAUAAUCCAAACAUUUCCAAUAACUCCACAACAUAUUUUAAUCUAAUGAAAUAUUCAGCUUCAGUUCAUAUCUGUUGGUGUUUAGCCUUGAAAAUAAAUGGACAAAAACUGUCUUCUCUCCCACCUGCUGGACACAAAGGGAGGCACACAUAAUUUAUAUAUUAAGAAAAUAAAUACUUAGCACUGUGUGACGAUAUAUCGCCACACAAAAAUAUCGCGAUACCAAUCAUUUGAAGCUUCAAUCAAAAAUGUCAAAAGAAGCUUAGAGUAUUAAAAAAAUGACAGGUAUUGGUACUAAUGAGUAUUGGUAACAGGUUUAUCAAUAUGUAUCUGAAAUGAAUGAAAAUGAAACACUGCUGUUGAGGCUUGAAAUGUUAAACUGUUUACCUGCGUCACAUGUUUGAUAUUGUUGUGACAACAAUAGAGCUGUAUGGCACAUACAAUAUUUGUUAGUGGAUUGCUGCUGAUUCGGCCCUGCACAUGGGGUUUGUUGACUAUAAGACAAUUAUAGAACAUAACCAUCUUUUAUGGAUAAAAAGUGAUGACCUAGUUAUCAUCAGCUAAUUAAUUUUGAAGAAAUAAUACAAAUAUGGGCACAUAGAAACUACAAAUGCCUGCAGUAGAAAACACGUCUUCCACACACGCACUUAACUAAAGUAAACUAAGCUAGCUCGUGUGUAGCUUUAUAUAAAUAUAAGCUAUUCAUAACAGUGUUGGAUUAGCAGCUUUGCAACUGUAGCACUGGUUUAACAAAGAUUUUGUUAUACAGAUUAGUCACACAAAUAGGUGCCUCGUGUUCAUGUUCUGCAAAUACAUGUUUUCAAAUGCCUUUUUAUGUCAACAAACAAAUAUCUUGAAUUAUUGUAAAAAUAAUUUACGUGUCUUGUGAUCCGUACGCACAAAUUGACUUAACUUGGACUUGUCUGUUGACUUUGUUGCGCAUGACUUAUACUUUCCUUGACUGAUUCUGGACUUGUCUGGAAAUUUUUCUCUGCUGACUUGAGACUUGACUAGGACUUGUCUCGACUGACUCGACUUGGCCUUGUCUUACCUGACUUGUGACUUGGAUUUGUUUUGACUGACUUAAGACUUAACUUGGACUUGUCUCUGUUGACUUGCGCAUGUCUUAUACUUUUCUUGACUGAUUCAAGAUUUGUCUUGAAACUUGUCUUUGCUGAAUUGAGACUAAACUUGGACUUGUCUCAACUGACUGAAGACUUGACUUGAACUUGUCUUACCUGACUUGUGACUUGGAUUUGUUUUGACUGACUUAAGACUUAACUUGAAUUUGUCUCUGUUGACUUGCGCAUGACUUAACUUUUCUUGACUGAUUCGGGACUUGUCUCGAAACUUUUCUCUGCUGACUUGACACUUGACUUGAACUUGUCUUACCUGACUUGUGACUCGGAUUUCUUUUGACUGACUUAAGAGUUAACUUGAAUUUGUCUCUGUUGACUUGCGCAUGACUUAUACUUUUCUUGACUGAUUCAGGACUUGUCUCGAAACUUUUCUCUGCUGACUUGACACUUGACUUGGACUUGUCUUACCUGAUUUGUGACUUGGAUUUGUUUGACUGACUUAAGACUUAACUUGGGCUUGUUUCUGUUGACUUACGCAUGACUUAUACUUCUCUUGACUCAUUUGGGACCUAUGUUGAAACUUUUCUCUGCUGACUUGACACUUGACUUGGACUUGUCUCGACUGACUCAAGACUUGACUUGGACUUGUCUUACCUGACUU